UUGGAUUACAUCAAGGCACUUUUUAAGGAAACUUUGAGAUUGUAUCCUGUUGCGAUUGGAAUUAUUAGACAAUUGACAAAGAGUGUUGACUUUAAGGGGUUGAAUAUUCCAAAGGGAACUCUUUGUUUAUACAGUUGGGUUACUGCAAUGAGAAGUGAAAAGUAUUGGGAUAACCCUGAUGAAUUCCGUCCUUCAAGAUUUUUAAAUGAGGAAAAGGAGCUUAUCAAUCCACAAACUAAUCCUUUCGUUUAUACACCAUUUGGAAUUGGAGGACGUAUUUGCAGUAAGUUUUAG